AAUGGCCACCAACCGUAAAAAUAACAAGCCUCUGGUUGAGAAGAAACGAAGAGCUAGAAUAAAUUCAUGUUUAAAUCAAAUCAAAUUACUUGUAUUACAAGCCAUGAAAAAAGAGAGUGAUUCUAUGUAUUCGAAAUUAGAAAAGGCAGAUAUUUUAGAGAUGACAGUUAAAUAUCUUAGACAGCAGAGGAUGCAACAAAUCUUAGCAACUACGAAUUCAAAUUUGGAAAAUAGAUAUAUGGCAGGAUUUAACGAUUGCGCAAAUAAAGUAAAAAGUUAUUUAUCGACCGCAAACGAUAUCGACGAAGAUUUACGAAAUCGAUUAAUAAAUCAUUUAUUUAAUAAAAUCAACAAUUUAUCGCCGUCUCAUCAAGAAAGAAUUCACCCAGCCUUCAAAAAGAGCGUGCAACCUUCCGGUCCAUUAGCCACUAUUCUCGUGCCAAUUUCUAUGGUGUCAAGGGUCAAGGUCGAUUACGCAACCGCUACGAGGCCCGAGGGAACGAACAUGAAUGAUAAUAAAGAGAACAUUGUUCCCGGUGUGAAAGUGACCGAAGACGUCUGGAGGCCUUGGUAUAAAUGA